AUGUCACGCAUCACUCGUCGCAGACCUGUGGGCAAGGUCGAGGGAGGAGCGGAUUCUGGCUUCGCCGAACCUCUGCCCCCAGCAUCAGCGGGGUACGCACCUUACGAUCACGACCAGCUCGACCCCAACCUUGGCGGAGCGGACUACCCGCACAACGCUGGCGGAUAUGGAGCUCCUCCGGGUGAAUACAGCAGCAAUGGCGCCAGCCAUCUGCCAGGCCACUCCUUUUCCGACGCUAGUGUGGCCCAGCGCGGGCACACCUCGCCAGACGAUGAAAACUCACACGCUGGCUACUACGGCUCUAAUUCGUACGAUGGAUCUCGAGGUCAACAUUUGCCUCCUUUAGCACAAGCGCUCGACGGCAGUGCACACGACGGAACUACUCGCUACCAGGGCAAUGGAAGUCAUGCAGGGGGCAGCUAUGAUGCUGAGCCUACUUCAUUUGAUUCGCACAUCAUGAAUCCCAGCGAUGGCAGCGCGGCUACGAUCAGUGCCUCCCAUGACUAUAGCAAUGGUCACGGCUCAGCUGUCCAUCACACCUCGAGCCAAUAUCAAUCUGGCCCUGCCUCGAGUGCUGGGGUGAUGACCCCUCCGCCUCCUGGAUCCUCACAUGGCGGAUCUACUCACGGUUAUUAUCAACAGCCUCCGGCUCACAUGCUCCACCGGGCAUCCAUCUCGGGCCCCGUCAUGUCUCAUCACUACUCGCAUGCCGCUCCCACUGCCGCUGCUCCAGUCAGCGGAUCCGCAAGCUUUUCCAGUAUGGGCGCCCCGCCGCACGCGGGUGAUAUGGCCGCGUGGGGCAACGCGAGCGGAUCUGCCCGCCCUCAUACCGCCGACGGCAUGUUUGGUGGACCUUUCGGCCUGGGACCACAGGGAUGGACUGGGGCGAUCCCUUGUAAGUCACUCUUUCUCUGCAACGCGUGUGCAUCGAUGACGCAUGCUGAUCCUCCACCUCCGGCCCCAGCCAACUACAACCGCGGUCCGCGCGCGUCCAUCAGCUCCGUCUCAUCCAUGAACGAAGGCUCGCCCACGAGCGGCGGCGGAAAAAUCUUUUCGUACAUGGUUGGCGGCGAUGAGAGCGCGGGAGGUCCAGGUGGCCAUGGCAGCAAUCACAAGAAGCGCCCCCGUAGGAGAUAUGAUGAGAUUGAGCGUCUUUACAAUUGCAGCUUCCCUGGAUGUGCCAAGAGCUACGGAACCCUGAAUCAUCUCAACGCUCAUGUGGCGAUGCAAAAGCACGGCGCCAAGCGCACCCCAGGAGGUGAGUACCUAGUCAGAGGUUAAGAAGGGAGGCCGUCUCAAAAGUUUGAUCCCGACAUCGUCUUUUCCCGCCCGCAGAGUUCAAAGAGAUGCGCAAAGCGUGGAGGAAAGGGAAGCGUGAGGAAGAGUCACGUCGUCAAGCCGCAGUCCCCACUCACGGCGACGAUUUACUGCGCAGCGGAGUUCCUUCUGCUGGCUUUUCCGGCGCUCCAGGAUCUAUGCAGCAUGUCUACCCGUCGGGAAGCGGCUUGGCCUACCAAGGUGCACCAGGCGGCUCUUCCAUGGGCAGCAUCAGUGGCCACCAGCCGCGCUACAGCGCACCUCACGCCGGCAGCUCUUUCAUGAGCCCGCCUUCGAACGGAGCUGUGAGCGGUGCACCUUAUGCGGCUCAGUCUGCCCCUUUAGAUCCGAGCGGAAGACCCUACAGCAGCGCUGGAACAGCAGUGCACCACCAACAGCAGCAUCAACAUGGCCAUGCUGUCGGUCCUGGACCCCAAGGUGGCUUGGGUGCCUACCUCAUGGCACACCGUGGCAGCAUCUAGCACGCUCCUCAGUCUGAAGCAAAUAUCCUCACCUCGCGUUGCGCUGCGCCUUGAACCUCUCAAUGGAUCGCCUCAGCAGGCUCAGCCUCCUCGCGUAAGCUCCUCUGAAUCCCGCUUUGUUCCGAAGGUGUCCUUGUCCUGCCCAUUUACCGUUUCACGUCCAAAAGACACCUUCAAUCCUUUCCACCAUGCCGCGUUCGCUUGCUGUUUCGACCAGAACCUCGCCGCCCUUUACAGUUCCUGUUCGUGUAUCAUCAUGCUUAUUUGAGGUCUCACCCCUCUUGGAAGACUGUCUUUGCAUCGUACCCAGCAUUCACAAUGCUUGUGACAAGAGAAUAAUCGUGGGAACAGCGCUAUACACGUAUCUAUUUGAGCUCAUACCAUGCUUGCUCGGCGCGACAGCCCGCAUGACGCUACUUCCAGCCGGGCAAGCCUCGCCUCAGAAACACUAACGCUAGCUUACAAACAAGUGACAGUAGCGCAGCGGCCGGGCCAUCACUGAGCGCGUUGCAUUGAGACCUGGCACAGGCACAAGCUUCUUCAACUAUGCACUUCUGUCCAUCUGUUUCGAAAAGUUGGAGCGUGAUCGCAAUACUCAUGGACUGGACUGA